AUGGAAACUUUUGAUGGUUCUAAAGAUGACAAAGUUACUUUGGAUUCUCCGCCGUUGGAUAUUACGGCCUCCAGCUUUAAAAAUAUUCAUUGUACGAACAGUCAAAUCAACGUUGCCUCAUUGGCGGAUAGUUUGGCUACCGGUUCUGAAUUAUCGCAAAAUAUACUAUCUUUAGGGUUGACCAAAAAUAUCAGUUCUCCAGAUCUCACAGAUACACAAUUUUUGCCUAUCCAACGAAAGGUUUCAGAUGAAAUGUGUCCUGACAACUGCAUGUCUUUCAAUUAUUCGGCAAUAUCUACAUAUGGCCAAACUAGAAUUGGGAGAUUGACCGAGAAUGUUAGAGGGCCAAACCCUAGGAUGGUUGGAGAUAUACUAAGGAGAGCUGCUGAUAGCACUCGCGUCACAGAUAAGGACAAGCUAUUGAAGGAUUUGAAGAAGAGGAAGAGCAGUAGAAACCCACAGAAUCAAUUAAUCAUACGGGAAAUUAGACCUGAAGAUCAGGAAAAUGUUUGUCACUUGCUAUACGAUAAUUUCAGAUCAUUAACUGGCCAGGCAAUGUUAUAUUGGAUUAUACAGCAUGCCUAUGAUUUAUGUAUUAUCAUCGCAAUAAAUUUCAUUUUGAUGUCCCCAAAGCGUGUUGGCGUUUUUACAUUCUUAUUCAUACUCUACUUAUUUUGUCGUGCCAGAUUUGAAAUUGAAAAACACAUUAGAUAUAAUUGUCCAGAUCUCAAAAAUAUUUACAACUCGUAUAAACUCAAUGAUAAGUGCAAUUUUUGGAUUACUGAAUUGCCUAGUGAAGAAAAAAAGGAGGGAGUUGAUGAUUCAUCAGGUUUAAGUCGCUCUGCUUCCCCAUCUGGAAUAGAUUCCGGUGAUGAAUCUCACAUUCAUAGUAUGAUUAAAAAUGACAUUAAUUGUGAGGAAUCAAACGUACUGGGAUGUGUAGGCAUAGCUCCAUACAGGGGAAGCAAUGAAGUUGCCCAGAUGGUCAGGUUGGUUGUAAAGAGAGGGUGCAGGAGGAUGAGAGUUGGAUCGAGGUUAUUGAUGCAGGUGGAAAUGUAUGCCAGGGAGGUGGGAUAUAAAGAGAUUAGGAUAUAUACUAACAAUUUGAAUACUGAGUAUAUGCAAUUUGUCAAGCAGAAUGGAUACGAGCUGUUUCAGAUUGUGCGUCGUGGGCUGAUGAGGGGAGACUUGUUAAUUUGGAGCAAAUUUGUCGAUACAGAAUCUGCUAACACAUUUUGCUCCAAGCCUGAUUUUGCAUCAGCUACAUUUUUAGCCGAAUGA